AUGGCAGGCACGGAUGGCGAAGCCCACCGCUGGGCACAAAUGCACGAGGAGCUGUUGCUGAACAUCGCGCGGCACCACCCAGAUAUUGAGAGUCUCUUGCAGACUUUUUUUGGAUUUCUGGAGCGCCGAACAGACUUUUUUCACGUGAUUGAAACUUCUGGAGGAUCGUCUGCCUCUGGUGCAGCCACAGUGGGGUUCCCCGAAGGUCGAGCCGAGGCCAUGGUCGGCCGAGCCUUCAAACAGGCGCAGCUGAACUACAGACGCCGCGCGCAGCCGCACCUUCUCGGCGAAGCGUCAGCACCCUUCACGCUGCAUCCUCAACGUACGGAGGCCUCAGCUUCUUCGGCACAAGCUCGGGCAACUGUCAGCUGCGCGGAGAGAGGAAGCGAAGCGACAGGGGCGCCUGCCGCAGCAGCUUUGGGGCCCGGAGGCGGUCCUGCAGCCGCAGGAGGCCCGCGAGAUGCGCAGACGAAAGACGCGCGCGAGCGUGAAGCGGAGGAGCACGCGCCGGGAUCGAAGGAAGAGAACGCGGCGCCGACGAGCCGCCCAUCGGGUCAAAAAGAGGCAGCGGGAGAAAGCUCCUCUUCGCCAGCGCAGGGUGGAAGAGGCAAAGAGCUCACGACGUGGAAUGGAGGGGUGUAUCGCAACUACAGAUGGACGCAGUCACUCUCAGACCUCACCGUCCAGGUGCCUCUUGACAAGACGAAAUACCGCUCCAAAAGGGACUUGAACAUCGCGAUGACGCCAACCAAGCUCAAGGUCACUCUCGCAGGUGAAGUCCUGCUGGACGGCGAGUGGGAAGAGCCUGUGAACGCACUCGAGUCCCUGUGGCAGGUUGAGGACGGUCCGUAUCUCUUGCUGUCCAUUGAGAAGGCGCGAGAGAACUGGUGGGCUUCGGUGCUCAAGGGCGAAGAGAAGAUCGACACAACCAAGGCAACUCCUGUUACCCGUUGCGUGGCUGUCCAGAUUGAGUCGGUCAAGCGCGUCGAGGACUUUGACGCCGCCACGCAGGCGCACAUCCGGAAGAUGAUGUUUGACCAACAGCAGAGGAUGCGCGGCGAGAAGACGUCCGAGGAGAUCGAGAGGGAAGAGCUGCUCAGGAAGGCCUGGGACGCGGAGGGAUCGCCUUUCAGCGGCACGCCCUUCGACCCGUCCGUCUUGAAUCUUCAGAGUGGUCUACCUCCGGACUUCAUGAGCAAAAACGACUAA